AUGACUGAGGAGAGAGACCUGCUGAAGGCCAACCUCACUGAAAUGACCAAAGAGAUGGAGAGGCUGCAGAGUUUGUUCAACCAGAAUAGAAAACACUGCACUGACCAAGGAGCAGAUUUGGUGGUGAUAGACAGCCCUAAAGAACAGAGCUUCAUCGCUUCAUUCACCAAGAAACGGACUUGGAUUGGUUUAAAUGACAUAGAACAAGAGGGAACGUGGAAAUGGGUAGACGGCACGCCUCUGACUCUGCAGUAA